AUGAAGCUGGAUUACCAGCAACAGAGAACCAAAGAUGAGUUGGCGCCGCGUAAAGAGCUAUCUUUCGUUGUGUUCGAUCUCCUAGUGGAAGCUGGUCCAUGGCUGCGGUCAGCAUUUGACGGGCCUGGUCAAUUGGAGAAAGCGAACGGUACGGCGGCCAGUUUUUACUUGGACAGCCAAACCACCAAUACUCCCAAGCCACUCUAA